AUGACAAACACAAAGGGAAAGAGGAGGGGCACUCGCUAUAUGUUCUCUAGGCCUUUUAGGAAACAUGGAGUUGUUCCUUUGACCACAUACAUGGGAACCUACAAAAAGGGUGAUAUUGUAGACAUCAAGGGAAUGGGCACAGUUCAAAAAGCAAUGCCCCAUAAGUGUUACCAUGACAAAACAGGAAGUGUCUACAACAUCACCCAGAAUGUUGUGGGCAUCGUUGUGAACAAGCAGGUUAAGGGCAAGAUUCUCGCCAAGAGAAUGAAUGUGAGCAUUGAAUACAUCAGGCACUCUAAGAACAGGAACAUCUUCCUGAAGCAGAUGAAGGGCAAGGACCAGAAGAAGAAGGAAGCUAAAGAGAAGGGCUCCUGGGUUCAGCUGAAGCCCCAGCCUGCACCACCCAGACAGGCACACUUUGUGAGGACUAACAUCAAGGAGCCUAAGCUGCUUGAACACAUUCUGUAUUAA